GGUGCCGGGAGAGAGGCGGCGGCCCCCGCAGCGGCCGCAGGAGGGGCGGCGGCUGUGGGUGCCGCGGGCGAUGCCCCUGCCGGGCUGCUCCGGCGCGGGGCUGUGCGAUCGGCGACGGCGGGGGAGCAGGCGGGAGGCGGCGGCUGCAGCAGAGGGGCCGAGAUCUGGCGGCGGCGGCGGUCGUGAAGGGCAUCAGCGACGGCGGUGAUGGCAGUGCUGAUCUGAAGAUGGAAAGAGCCAGGCGAAGGGGAGGCGGCGGCGGCCGCGGAGGCAAGAAUGUGGGGGGCUCCGGCCUAAGCAGGAGUAGACUCUAUCCCCAGGCCCAGCACUCCCACUACCCCCACUACGCGGCUUCAGCCACCCCUCAUCAGCCUGGGGGCGCAGCCGAAAUCCAGGAGCUGGCCUCCAAACGCGUGGACAUCCAGAAAAAGAGAUUUUACUUAGACGUGAAGCAAAGCUCCCGGGGCCGGUUCCUAAAGAUAGCCGAAGUCUGGAUCGGGAGAGGCCGGCAGGACAAUAUCAGAAAGAGUAAGCUGACCCUCUCCCUGUCGGUGGCAGCAGAGCUGAAGGACUGUCUAGGGGACUUCAUCGAGCAUUACGCCCACCUGGGUCUGAAGGGCCACCGGCAAGAGCAUGGCCACAGCAAAGAGCCAGGCUCCAGGAGGAGACCGAAGCACUCGGCGCCCUCCCCACCAGUCUCCGUGGGGUCCGAGGAGCACCCUCACAGUGUCCUCAAAACAGACUACAUAGAGAGGGACAAUAGGAAAUACUAUCUGGACCUAAAGGAAAAUCAGCGGGGUCGCUUCCUAAGGAUUAGACAAACCAUGAUGCGGGGGACUGGCAUGAUAGGUUAUUUUGGCCACAGUUUGGGCCAAGAGCAGACUAUUGUCCUCCCUGCACAAGGAAUGAUUGAGUUUCGCGAUGCCUUGGUUCAGCUAAUUGAAGACUAUGGUGAAGGGGACAUAGAAGAACGAAGAGGUGGAGACGAUGACCCACUUGAACUCCCAGAGGGGACUUCUUUCAGAGUGGACAAUAAAAGGUUCUACUUUGAUGUGGGCUCUAAUAAAUAUGGAAUUUUCCUGAAGGUAAGUGAGGUGAGGCCACCUUACCGUAAUACUAUUACUGUUCCAUUCAAAGCUUGGACAAGGUUUGGGGAGAAUUUUAUCAAGUAUGAAGAAGAGAUGAGGAAAAUAUGCAACAGCCAUAAAGAAAAAAGAAUGGAUGGCAGAAGGGCCAGUGGUGAAGAACAAGAAUGCCUCGAACUAGAGUGAAAUUGAACUCCAUCAGGCAAAAUUUAAAAUCAUAGAUUGGCCAAAAGAACUGAUCCAUAAUCAUUUGAAGAAGUUUUUCCUCUUUUUUGGCCCUGUGUUAUUAGUAAUACCUCUAUAGUUUAUACUUCAAGGAGUCCGAUUCUCAUGUUAUGUUAUACACAGAACACUAUAAUUCGUAUGGGAAUUCCCAACUUCCUAGAGCUAAAUAGUUUAGCCGCUUCAUCUGCUCCAGACUACUGAAGUAUGCAGAUCAGCACAAAAUGUGACAUUCUGACCUUCUAAAUACCAUAACUAAGAUUUACAUUGCACUAUGACAUAAUCCUGAAAAAAGAUACAUAAUAUGGAAGUGUGAAUUACUAUUUAACAAGUUCCCCCCAAAAGUACCCCAUUCCUCCUUCAUUAAAAGCUGCUGAGCUUACCUGUAGGACCGUUACCACAGAAACAGAAAUUGACCUCAAGUGUAGUGUACAUAUGCUUAUUUGUAAAAGUACAAGUAGAAAUAUAUUAAUUAUCCAUUGGAUAAUUGAAUAUUAAACAGUAACAUUAAAGUAUCAAAUCUUAGAGUUGCUAUAGUAUUCUAAAAUUUCAAGUUUUGUGGUAACCCUACAGUUUAGAGUUGCCGUAUCAAAGUCAUGGGAGAGUUUUAAUUGGUUAUUCUAAGUUAGUUAGAAUCAAUUUCAUCUUCACUUGUGUUUAUUAUAUUAUAUAUUUUUACUGACUUAGCAAAGUUUCAGGAAUUACUUUUAUGUCACUUGAAGGGGAAGCCUCUUCCUGUGGCUUUGCCAUGGAAAUCUUGGUGGUUUAUUUUUCAUGCUAAUUUGAAGAUUAUGAGAGGUUUUUCCCCCAAAAUAUAUCAUGGACUUAAGGUGUUAUAUCUUAUGCUUCUUCUUUAACACUCUUUCAGAGGGGUUGGUGCACCAGUUCACUGAAAUAAAAAUACAUCUGUAAUAAUAUAUUUUAGUAGCACUUUUGCAAUUGCCACCCUUAAAACUGAGUCAACACUUCCAGUAUAAACCUGACUUUUACAGAUGUUUUAAUUUCAGGGGAGAAAAAAAGGAUUUUUCUAAAAAGCAUUUAGAAUAUAAAUUUUCAGACUGGGAAAAUAUUAUUUGAAGAUUGGUUAUAAAUAUGUUUGAAAGGAAAAUUCAGGCAUUUUCCAAGGUGCUCUUUAUACUACUUAACAAGGUUUACUUUAAAAACAAGACUCACCCAUUUACAUGUAUUAAAAAUUACUUUCCAGGAAGUGCCACAGCAAUUUUUCAACACCUAAGCAAUUUUUUAAACAAGUGGUUAUAGUGUCUAUGUGUACCAACCCACCCUGUAUUAACCGACUCAAUUUUUAUCUGUUGAGCUACAUUUUAUUCUGAAUGAAAUUAUUGUCUUUUAUCUUGGCUUCAUUCCCUUCCCACACAGUAAGUCCAUAUAACCAUGUUUAAGGGCCAGACACUGAUUUCAACCCCCAAAUAUAGCUCUCAUUAAUGAGAGCUUGGCUGCACGGAUUGAGAUCAGAAUAUAGCUCUUCUUUUAUAUGCUACACGUAACUCAAGAUUAUUUUAACAAUUAUUUCCUUCAGAGUUUUGUCCCCAAAUAUGUUUAAGUAAGGUCACUAGGAAACUUUAUGAUAUGGAUUAAGAAAAUUAGUUUCACUGGUUUGUAUUACUUAAAAACAGGCAUUCAGUAACCCAGACCUAGAUGCUGGUGUUGGUUUGCAGAUUGUAUUUCACAUUUCCUAGUAGUAUGAAGGAGUGUCAUCAGUUCAUUCUAAUUGUGGACCAUCUGGAUCACUAUGGAACAACCAAACAUUAGAAGACAAUGUUGGUACUAGAAUUAAUAGCACAUGGUGGGUGUUGAGACCCUAACAGUAGCAAGGCUCUUCAAACAGUGCUGACCGUCAAAAACUAUUGUAGGCUUGGUAAACGUAGUUUUGGGUAUAUAAAGGAGUGGUGUGCACUUGAAUUACUGUACUACUGAUUGUUAUUGCUGCCCAUCAUAGUGCCUAUUAAUAAUAAUCAACCUGUCAGAUUUUGGCAAACUGGAGCUGUGAAUAUCCCACUAUUUCAGUGUUCCUAUCACUAUUGCUGUGACUGUAUACUCUCUCUUAAAACCUUCCUUUCCAGAAUAUUUAUAUUCAUUAAGUCUAAAUGAUUCCUUUUUGGGUUUUUAGUCUGAUAAUAUUUAAGUGUGUGUCUAUAUAUAUAUACAUAUAUAUAGACACACACAUAUUUAUGUGUGUGUAAUAUAUAAUAUAUAUUACAUAUACACAAUACUAUGUCAAAGAUAAAUAUCUUUAAUUUACUGUACAUAAAUAUGAUUAGUUUAAUUUUGCACUAAUUAGUUAAGUAAAGAAUUAGUCAAGCAGACAAAUUUUCUACAUUGUAUGUGUACUUAAAAGUUUUUACCAUGUCAAAGCUACAGAUUGGAUCGAUGCAUAUAUACCAUAUAUUACCGGCAAUUGAACACACUUUAGAAUCAUUAAGCCUUCUGCCAGUCCUUUUGUUUCACUUUCCUCAGAGUUAAUGUAUUCAUUGAAAAGUGAAAUUAUGCUCUGUUUUUUGAUACUUAAAAUUCCCGAUCAAUCACUAGCCAUAAUCAAAUAAGAUCCAGUUCAAAACUCUGGUAUUAAGACAUGAAUUGCCAUGUAUCUUAUAAAAUAAGCUACUAUUCUUAUCUGUGCAAUAUACAUUUUAUUUAUUGUCAUUUGUGACAUAAAUGGAGCUGCAAGUGUACAUGGUAUUCUUCCAAAUGACAGGAUCCCUGCUUUGAAGAUAAACUCUUCAGGCAACUGGGUGGUAGGAGUCAAAAAAUGAGCAUUAAAGGUAGUAACCAAAAUUACUGUAUAAUUCUAAAACACUGAUGAUGUUUGCACAUAAUAACCUAAGCUAAUGUGGUACAGACUCAAACUGUAAUAAUAUAAGCUAAUAGUAUGAAAUUUGGAAACGGGUUCCUCGUAAUAGUUGGCAGUGUGCUCCUAGCUAUUGAAAGCAGCACUAAUCUGUUGCUUAUAUGCAAAAGAUGCAAUGUAUUAUAAAAGUAUUACUGUUCUGCCACAUUUUAUAAUUUUUCUUGUUAAAGCCCCAAAUUGCCAUGUCCCUUAAACUUGAGUCAAACACAAGCUUAUUUGCACUAAAGAGCAUGGCCAAAAAAUAAAUGACAGGGUGGAAAAGCUAGUUGGAACCUCUUGAAAUAAUUGGUUCUAAUGGGAGAAUUUCACAUUUGUCUAUUUGAAAGCUAUAUGAUCCAGGCAGACAAUCUGUCAGUUCACUAAUUUAAUAAUGCACUUUACCUUUUGUAUAUAUAAGAUGUACAUUUAUGCCACUUGACAGGUGGGAUGUGUUUCAAUAACUACGUAGUUAGAAUCUAUAGGGUGACCUCUUGCAUGCAUAUGUUUGCGUUGGAACUGCUGUAGUAACAAGUUUCCAUUAAAUCAGUGUAAUGGAGAAGGGUAGAAGAUGCUUUUGAAAUAAAUCCCAAUACAUUUAACAAAGAAUUUUAAAGUAGAGUUCAUAUUUGUAUUUUUAAGGACUAGAAUCAAUUUUAAAAAACCUAUUUCUAACUCCGAUUAAUAUUACCAUUGAGACUAUAUCUAGUUGAGACUCCCUGUAAUACCCAGAAAAUUGAUUUUGGGAAUUUGUGCCGACAAAUUUUUUUGAAUGAUUCUGUUUCAUUGUUGAUAUGUGUUUAAAUAGCUAAUGAAAAGACAGUACAUGACUGUAUUAGAAUUAAAAGUGUGGUUGGCUGACAUGGUGUCAUUAUGAAAACACCCAGACUAAAGAAAUAAAAUUUCAAAUUGAGGAAAUGCAAAGAGCCCAAGAAGAAUUGCUGAGAUAAGUAUAUUAUUUCAAAAUUUGCAGAAGAACUAACUUUCUCCAAACAAAAAGGGUAUUGGGGGACUUAGUGUAUCCUUUCAUCCUAAAAACUUCCUAAGAUGUACAUUCAAAAACUAGAUAAUUGUUGCUUAAUAAUAGGUUGUAUGUACUUUACUAAGAAACACUGUGUACUAACAAUUCAUCAAGAGUAUGCUAUAUUUACUGCAUUUAUUUUAUAUCUGUGGAUAAGAAUACAUCAUAGUCAUCCUAUCUUAAUAUAAUCAUGUAUUUAUAUUGUAAUUUUGCAAAUAUUUUCAGUAAAAUAAACAUUUAUUUGAGCUGCACAAUUUGAAGAGGAUGCAAUUGGAAUAUACCCUUAGACGCUCAUUUUUAAUAAGCAGCUACCACUGAAAAAUGUACAAUCAUUCCUUUAGGUUUUGUUUUAUGGUUUAUUAAUAUUUAAGUGACUAGGACUUCAUUUGAAUUUUUAAGUGGUGUCCUAAAGGUAAUUUUCCAUAAGUGUAAGAUUUCUUUUCCUGCUUAUUUUGAAAUGCCUUUCAUUAGAACUAUUCAUAAAAAUUUGAUUUCAAGCUUUAUGUAAGGAAUUUGUUUGGUCACCACAUAGUGGGAAAUCUGCCUUUACCAAAACACCAAACGUCUUUGGCAAGAUAAAAAUCUAAAGUAAACCACUAAAAUAAGUUAAAAUUGAUUCUAUGCCAACAAAAUAAUACAGGUAUAAAAUUUAUCACUGCCAAAUAAGAUUCUUAAAAUCUCUCUGACAUUAAAGAUUUCUUGAAUCUCAUAGAGAAAAUAGUGGCUAAUGGCUAGCCCAUCGGAGAAAGAGAAUAAGGAUGUUAGCAUGCUGUUAAGACAAUCCGUGGUCCGCAAUGUUGUCACAGUGAGGUGCGGGGAAAAUGUGUUUUCCCCACUUAAUCAUGUGAAAACUGAGUUUUUAGAUUACAGUUACUCUGUCAUAAAGCAUAUUGACCCAAAUUUAUCUAGGUGGAUCUUAGAAAAACAAUAUAUUCAUUUAUUUUUGUAUAUGUAAAAAAAAGUCUUUUUUCUUAAUUUGACAUGACUUGUAGGUCAUUUAAAUUCAUUUUAGUAGCAGGUUUUUAAUCAGCAUUUUUGAGUAAGAAAAACAUAAUAUUUACAUGCUACAAAUGGGUAGAAAGUAAAAAGUAGCAACCGAUGUUACCAAUUUCUUGUUUACCUUUCCAGAGUUACUCUGCAUAUGCAGGCAUAUCUGUACGUACUUAUAUUCUUUUUAAACAUGCAAAUGAAAUCAUGUCCCAUACACUAUCCUGUACCCACUAGUAUCAAUUUUAGAUGUCAUUAUGAGUGACUAUUUUCCUUUUACUUAGAUACCAUACUUGAUCUAGUUAGCAUAACAUUUAUGUUAUUACCCCAAGAGAACCUCGAGGAAAUUUUGAAUGAUUCCCAUUGAUAUUUACUUAAAAUGCUAAUACUAUGCUAAUACUAUAUGUAUAUAUUAAUUUUUUAAUAUAUGAAUAUUGUUUCUUCUCCCAAAGCCUAACUGUCUUGCCUUCCUAUUUUCCCCCUUUCUUCCAAAGUAUUUAUCUUUUUCCUGAAGUAAUACAGAUCAAGACCAUAGGAUAUUAAAUUAUUUAACCAAGUAUUAUUUUAGAUUAACUGUGUUCUCUAAUGAAAAUCACCCAUAUUAAAAAU